UAAGAUCUAGACGCGAGUCCCAGCCCCACACCCAGCGGUGCUUAGUUGGAAGGUGGCAAGGAGAAGCCCGCAGGGCCGCUCCGCUUGCCAGGCAUCCUGCCCUGCUUCCUCCACGCUUCCUCCGCCUUUCCCUUCCCUCUCGGGCCCCACCUCCCCCCCCAACCCCGCCCCGACUCUGCUGCCGGGGCCCCGGCAGGAAGCGGCUUCUUCGCCUGGCCCCUCCCCGGCUGGCCUGCGCCCCUCCAUCCCGGCUCUACUGCGCUUCUGCCGCGGUCCCUUCUUGGCUGCCCCCAUGGCAGCUGCUGCUUCCCAGAAUCCUGCCCAUGGACUCUUUGAGAACUUUCUGCAGGCACAGCAGUGCAAGGAGGUGCUCAGCAGCUUCCAAGACCUGUGCAUGUGUCUGGGCCUGGAGCCUGGUGGGAGGCUGUCCUUGUAUCACAAACUCAAGGCUGAACUCAACUACUGGAAUGCCAAGAGCCUGUGGGCCAAGCUGGAUAAGCGGGCUUCCCAUCCCGUUUAUGAGCAGGGGAAGGCCUGUGCCAACACCCAGUGCCUAGUGGUAGGAGCUGGGCCAUGUGGACUUCGGACAGCGGUGGAGCUGGCCCUGCUAGGGGCCCGAGUGGUGCUGGUGGAGAAACGCACCAAAUUCUCCCGCCACAACGUCCUCCACCUCUGGCCCUUCACUAUUCAAGACCUCCGAGGACUCGGGGCUAAGAAGUUCUAUGGGCGCUUCUGCACAGGCACCCUGGACCAUAUCAGUAUUCGGCAGCUCCAGCUGCUCCUGCUGAAGGUGGCAUUACUCCUGGGGGUGGAGAUUCACUGGGGGGUCUCCUUCACAGGACUCCUGCCCCCAUCUCACAAGGGGAUUGGCUGGAGAGCAGAGCUCCAGCCCAGCCCCCCUGACCAACUAGCCCAGUACGAAUUUGAUGUUCUCAUCUCUGCCGCUGGCGGUAAAUUCAUCCCUGAAGGUUUCUCAGUCAGAGAGAUGAGAGGCAAAUUGGCCAUUGGCAUCACGGCAAACUUCGUGAAUGGGCGCACGGUGGCUGAAACUCAGGUGCCGGAGAUCAGUGGUGUGGCUAGAAUCUACAACCAGAGCUUCUUCCAGAGCCUGUUCAAGGCCACAGGCAUUGACCUGGAGAACAUUGUUUACUACAAGGAUGACACCCAUUACUUUGUGAUGACUGCCAAGAAACAGAGUUUACUUCGGCUGGGAGUGCUUCGUCAGGACUUUGCAGAUACAGAGCAGCUCCUGGGACGAGACAAUAUUGCACCGGAAGCCCUACACCGCUUUGCCCGAGCUGCUGCUGACUUUGCCACCCACGGCAAGCUAGGGAACCUGGAGUUUGCCUGUGAUGCCCGCGGCCGACCCGACGUGGCUGCCUUCGAUUUCACCACCAUGACGAGGGCAGAGAGUGCUGCAAGGGUACAAGAAAAACAUGGGGCCCGAGUGCUGCUAGAGCUGGUGGGAGAUUGCCUGGUGGAGCCCUUUUGGCCGUUGGGCACUGGAGUGGCACGUGGGUUCUUAGCAGCCUUUGAUGCAGCCUGGACUGUGAAGCUGUGGGCAAAGGGUACUCAGCCCCUGGAGGUUCUGGCAGAGAGGGAGAGCCUGUACCAGCUCCUAUCACAGACCUCCCCCGAAAACAUGCACCGCAACAUAACCCAAUAUACCCUAGACCCAGCUUCUCGCUACCCCAACUUGAACCUCCGUUCUGUGACUCCCCAACAGGUACGAGAUCUUUAUGAUGUUGAGGCCAAGGAAUUGGAGAGGAGGAGAAGUGACAAGACGGAUUCUAGAAAGCUACCCACCCCUGGACUGGUGGGCACCCAGGAGGAGCUGCUCCUCUGGUGCCAGAAGCAGACGGCUGGAUACCCCGGCGUCCAGGUCACCAACUUCUCUUCCUCUUGGGCCGACGGUCAGGCGCUUUGUGCCUUGAUUCAUCGGCUCCGACCCAAUCUGCUCGACUUGUCCACUGUGCAAGGAGCUGGAGCUCUGGAGACAACAGCCCGGGCGGUGAAGCUGGCCGAACAAGAGCUGGGCAUCGCCCCAGUGAUCCCUCCGCAAGUGCUGGUGGCUGGAAGUGAUCCCCUGGGCCUCAUUGCUUACCUCAGCCAAUUCUACAGUGCCUUCGGAAAGACUGCUCAGAGCCCAGGUAUGGUCACCCAGCUCUCUACUGGGACUGCCAAUGCCGUCCUGUUCCUCAGCAAGCUGCAGAGGACGCUGCAAAGGAAACGGUCACAGGAGAAUGGAGAAGAAGGCAGUGGCAAGAAGCCUUGUAUAGAAAUGUCAAGCCCCACAGAACCCAUCAUCCUCCAGCCAGUGACGCCACCAAAUCCUCUGCCAGCAGACCAGGAGGCAGAGGAUGGUGACUCAUGUGCAUUGUGUGGGGAGCGUCUCUACAUUCUAGAGCGGAUCUGUGCUGAUGGCCGAUUCUUCCACCGAAGCUGCUUCCAUUGCCACAGCUGUGAGGCCCCACUGUGGCCAGAAGGCUACCGGCAGCACCCUGGGGAUGGCCACUUCUAUUGCCUCCUACACUUCCCUCAGUCUACCAACCAAAAUGUCGAUGAUGGAGCCCCAAAAGACCAGGAACCCCCCAGUAAGAACGAAGACAUGGAGGCCACAGCAGUGUCCCCCACAACACCCACAGCUUCCCAGGAGAUGGAAGAUCCUGCCAAACUGCCUUCAAGAAAACUGAUCAGACUCUCAAGCCCAGAGCGCCGAUGGCUAUCAUCCCUUAACUUCAAUCCAGAGGCUGAGGUGGAGGGCCCCCCCAAACCUCCUCGAAGCUGUUCUGCCUUGGCCCACCAGGCCCUAGAGGACAGCUUUGGAGGCUGGGGAAUGCCUGGCAAGACGUUACCACUUAACGUCCUUUCUCCCCCACAAGAUCUCCUUAGCUCAGUUGCUUCAGCUGUUGAGGAAGAGGAUGAUAAGGAUCCCUCCUCCAGUGAGGAAGAAGAAGACACAGUGGAAGAAGAUCUGGUUUUAACGUCUGCUGUAGAACAGACCCUAUUGAGCAUCGCCAAGAAUUCAGGCACCAUGGAGAAGUAUCCAACAUGGCGGCAGACAUUGCUUCGCAGAGCCAAAGAGGAAGAAAUGAAAAGAUUCUGCAAGGCUCAGGCUAUUCAGCGGCGUCUUGAUGAAAUUGAAGCUACCCUUCGAGAACUGGAGGGAGAGGGCAAGAGGUUGGAGUUGGCCUUGAGGAGCCAGACGAGCUCUCCUGAACAGGAGAAGAAACUAUGGAUGGAAAAACUACUGAACCUUGUUCAAAGGAAGAAUGAUUUGGUGGCAGAGGAAGCCGAUCUCAUGAUCACGGUCCAGGAGCUGGGCCUGGAAGAGAAGCAGUGGCAAUUGGACCAGGAGCUGAGAAGCUACAUGGACAGGAAAGACACCUUGAAGACAGCCACGGAGAAGCAGAAGGAAGAACAGAUGUUGAAGCAGUUGCUGGAUGUGGUGAAGCAGAGAGAUGCCCUGAUCCGCUUCCGUGAUGAGUGUCGGCUCAGUGAGCUGGCACAGGGGACUGGGGACCAGGGCUGAGAGGGUCCCUGCUGCUCCUCUCCUGCCAGACUUCUCCGGGGCGUUAGCUGGGCCCCGGCUCUGGAAUCCACGGCAUGGGCCCUGCUGGAUACCCAGCCAAUGAUAAAAAUAAAAAAAAGCCCACUGGGCCCAGGA